UCUAUGACGAAUCUACGCUAGUCUGGUACACACAGUACGAGUACACACAACAAACAGUUAAAACAAAUUAGUGUAGAGCACACGGAUAGGUAAAGUGGUAUAAUGUUUGUGUUGUGAAAAGGCCAAUUAUUCGUGUAUCGGUCCGAAAUUUUACCACCAAUAUUGUUUAAAUUACUACCUUAGUGGUAUCUGAUUUAGCAUUGUGUUUUGCAAGUUUUCUGAUCUACUUCAAUUUGUGGCUCGAGGUAUUAUUUAUAUUGAAAGAACUAGUUUACCGGUUUCGAACAACUGAGUUUUCCACUGUUCAAUCUUAAAAUUGUAUUUUUACAAAUUUAUCUAUAUAUUUCAAGUGAAUCAAUCAAAAUCCUGUGCUUGUUGCCAUAUCGUGUCAACCGAAAUAAAACUAAACUUAAAAUACUAAACUUAAAAUACGGGACUAGAACUUGUGUUGAAGACAUCUUCAAAGUCGUUAUGGAUGUGGACACUCUAGCUAUGGAGUCAACUUCAAGUCCUCAAGUUGAUUACUCUUUAACAUCUGAAGCAGAGAAAACUCCAAAGGAUAGACUUCUUGAUUUGUUGGAUCGAGUUGAAAUUCAUGUUGAAAGACUUCGGAAGGAAGCUGCAAAACUUGAAGAGGAUAGAGACACCCUUUUUACAACUUUAGACACAAUUAGAAACUCAGACCAUCUUGCAAAUUUAGAGCACAAUGAUCGUGAGGAUAUUUUGCGCUAUUGUGAACGAGUAACAGGUCGGUGCUUGACUGUAGAGGUGAUGGUCCACACAAACCGAGAUAAGAUCCAAGAGGAAGCCCUUCACCAAGUCAAUCGAUUGAUCGACGGCCUGGUAAUCUCCAUCAAGGCCGAUCCAUCUGCCACUAGAGUCAAGUGCAUGUCUUACAUGGCUGCCUGCAGCUCUUCUUCCUUGCAGGGCAUGAGCGACAAUAAUUUUGAAGCUGCCAUAUUGGGCUGCACUGUUGAUGAUCAGAAGAGAAUAAGGAAACGUUUGCAAGGACUUCUGGAUUAUAUGAACCAAGAGCCGAUAAUUACUAGUGUUGAUUAAUUUAGUUACUUUAUGAAUGGUUAACUAAAUUAAGCAAAAUGUUCUAAACAAUUUAUCGACUAAAUUUAGUGUAUUUGUAAUAUUUGUAGUGUUACAUCACACAACUAACUUUCAACAGUGUUGCUAAUGUCUUUGUGUAAUGUCUUGCUCAGAUUGAAAUAUGCUUAAUCGUUUAAGUUGUGAAUGAAUAAAGUUGCUGUGUGUAUUAUACGACACCUAAAUCAUUUAAUUUUGUCAUAAGUAUAUAUAUAUAUAUCUAAAUACACCAUACCUAAGACUGAAUUUACAAGUUUUUUAUGUAGAGGAUAUUCAGGUUUUUAUGUUUUAUCCACACUAGUAACUUGCAAUUGUUUAUAUUCAGUGUUAUUUUUACAUUUAUGCCCAGUAAGAUGAAUAUCGUGUCACUAAUUUCUUUACGUUUUGUGUAAUAUUUCUAAUCAAGAAUUCCUCAAAUGUGUUCUUAAUACGAUAUCUGUUUUUGUUGGAACGUGAACACGUUGUUAAAUGUUUGAAUAAAUAAAAAAACCGUUGUGAAGUCAA